CUUUGUAACGCCUUGUCCGCUUCCGGUUAAUGGGGACACGUCACUCAUUUGACUGAGGAAGAGGACCCUGUGCACAACUCCGUUCACCAAUUUGUGUCCAAAUUAGACGACAGAAUCAUGUCUAAUUCAGUCGUAUCUGUUGUCUCUCGGUUCCUGGAGGAGUACAGCACCACCACGCCGAACAAGCUGAAGGUGGUGGAUUCAUACCUGCUGUACAUCCUGUUGACAGGAGCGCUGCAGUUCCUCUACUGUCUGCUCGUCGGCACUUUCCCAUUCAACAGCUUUCUGUCGGGCUUCAUCUCAUGUGUGGGCGCUUUCAUCCUCGCAGUGUGUCUUCGGAUCCAGAUCAACCCACAGAACAAAGGAGAGUUCCUCUCUAUCUCUCCAGAGAGAGCCUUCGCUGACUUUCUAUUCGCUCACACUGUCCUCCAUCUGGUCGUGAUGAACUUCAUCGGUUGAAGCGGGCGUGCAUCUGACGCACGGCAUUCCCCUCUCAGAAGAUAACAACAAGAGACGUUACUAAAAUCUCCCUCCAACACAUGACGCUACAUCUGCUGUUGUGCCACUGAUUCGGAUUCCCAUCCCACCUAAAAAUGCAGAAUUCAAUGCAUUGUGACAAAUAUGAUGCAGUACACUUCUCUUACUGAGAACUGUUGAUUUUGUUUGUUCUUUUUUUUUUAAUUGUGGAAAUUUGUAAAGCAUUCCCUUUUGCACCGAGAAGAAUAAAAAAAA